GGAAGCUCUGCUAUUCCCCACUGUUGGUGAUCACUUUGAAACGAACUGAGCAACCCCUCUUUGCUCCAAUAGGCGGAAGCUACUUCUGGCAGUAUAAUCUCCAAGUUCUUACCUCUCCCUUUCACCCGGCUCACAAGAUCAAAUUACAUUUCUUUUAUUAUUUUCUAUUCCUUUAGCUCCCUGAUGUGGUGAAGAAAAGAAGGAAAAUAAAAGUAGGGAAUAAAUCUUCUCUGUUAUGGCUGGAGGGUUAAACUAACCUCAGCUCCGUUUUUUUGAAGGAAAAAAAAAAAACCCUUUCCAAGAACUUUCUACAGGAACUUCGCUGAAAUGAUCAUCAGGAUGAAGAAAGGGCAUGUGCUUAUGGUUGCAGUUGUCUUACUGCUUAGCCUUGCACCUUGGCCUCUGGAUGCUAACUCUGAAGAAGAAGAAGGAGACACUAUAGAGAUGUAUUUACCACCACCAAAGCUUCUACGUUCCAGUUGUGCCUACAAAGCUGAUGGAGGACCAUGUAAAGCCAUGUUCAAAAAGUUCUUCUAUAAUAUUCACACUCAACGUUGUGAAGAAUUUGUUUAUGGAGGUUGUGAAGGCAAUGAAAACAGAUUUGAAAGUUUGGAAGACUGCCAGAAACAGUGCAUAGCAGAGUACCCAAGGAAGACUGAAAAGACAAAAUUUCUACAAGAAAAACCAAAUAUCUGCUUUUUGGAACAAGACUUUGGAAUUUGUCGAGCAUUACUUCUCAGGUAUUACUAUAAUAAUACAUCAAAACGAUGUGAACCUUUCAAAUAUGGCGGGUGCCUAGGCAAUGCCAACAACUUUGAAUCUCUGGAAGAAUGCAGGAAUAUCUGUGAGGAUCAAUUGGAUACAAUAUAUGUAGACCAUGGUGAAAAUACAGUAGCUGUUUCAGGAAACAAUAACUCCUCAACCGUCAAGCCAACUGAAGGUCGGAAACUUUUUGAUGUUAUAGUGUUGAUAUUAAAAAGCCUAAUCCCUGGGGUUUUUUUCCCAUCAGGCAGCCUCUUGCUUUCUGAACUUCUUUGGCUAUUGGACCCCUCAAGUUCUAUGUCCCAUCAUUACUGACAACUUCACAAACCCUCUUCACUUGCAUUUGCUAUGCCGUAGCUCACCAGUGGGGAGACCUCUGAAGUUCCCCACCUGCCAUCCUGUCUGUGCAUCUUGUUUCCUUGACUUCAUGGAUGUUUUUGUUCUCUUUGGAGAAAGUACAUGUUUCUUCUCAGGGAAAGACUUUCAAGAGAUUUGCCUGGUGUCAUUAAAAUGAGACUCUUAUUCUCUUCUUCAUGGAGGAAGGGUAUCUCUGUUUUACCCUUUGGUGCAUUUUCUCUUCUCAUUCUGAAGAAAGUCCAUGUUCCUUCACACACCCAGCAGUUAUGAUGGCAGUGGCUUCUCUUCUGCCAAACAUCUAACCAUUAUUCAGACUUGAGACUUCAGAUCCUUCAUGCUUUGUGUGAAAACACUGUCAACAAGGCAAUAAUCUUUUCAGUAUAUACAGUUCUGAAGAUUGAAAAGACAAACCUCACUGCUCCUGAUUCCUUGAUUCUUUUUGCAAGUUUCAUUCACCAUUCAGAAUUUUCUUAAACAGAUUAAAAUGUGUGUGGCAUAUGAUGAAUACUGACUUUAUUCAUUAUUUUCUGUCCUGUUUUGAGCAUUAGGAAAUCACUUCAGUUUUGUAUAUCAAACAUAGUUUUUAAUGAGAAAAAGCAGUGAUGAUUAUUUUUCACUAAUUUCUCACACUUUUUUGUGUGACCUUGAAUAAAUAAUUUUAGUAUUGGCUCAUGUUACCAUUCGCCACUUUUUUAGACCAAGAAGAAUCAUAGCACUGCUCUUUGGCAUCAAUCUUUAUUAUAUUUUUGUAAAAUGGAAGGCCAUUUUUGAAGAUCUUUUGAAGAGAGGCUGAAGCCUUUAUAUGGAUAUCAAUUGAUUUUUAUGGAUUUAUAUAUAAAAAUGAUUUUUAGUGUGCUAAUAUACAACUCAUCCCUCAGUACCAAAUAAUUAUUUUUAGGUCAUUCAUAGACAUGGUAUAAGAAAGUGUAUAAGCAAUGUAUGAUUUUGAAAUUAAUUUAUCAUAAUGGGAAGAUAUGAGCAUGAUUAUAUGUCACAUUGUUCUAAUCAUUUUUUCUUAAU